AUGCUUGCCGACAUCCACGGGGAGGAUCAGGCGGCGUAUCGCGAGCGAAUCAUACGAUACGUCGAUAGUGUCUUCUCCGAGGAUCUGGAUCAGGAAGGGUUCUGCGCCGUGCAAGCGGAGCGAUCUAUCCGGAGGACUCACAGCAUGGUCAAUCGAUGGAACAAGGCUAUCGCUGUUGGGCUCCGGCACAACCACGACAUUUCCUUCAUUGCGACGCAGCGCAAGACCAUGGCCCUUAUGUAUUAUGUCACGAACUACGCGACGAAGGUGGAGGACCCGGUGUGGAAGCGUGUGGCGGCCGCGGCCGAUCUCCUGGCCGCCUCAACGGGUGACGGCACGGCCAACGGAGGACAGGACGACGGUGGAGGUGCUGUUGGCGAUGACGCCGCCAAGGGGAACAGGACGCGACAGUUCUUGAUGAGGGUGGCGAAUCGUGUGUUCACGGAGCGUCCGCUGUCUCAGGUCGAGGUCAUUGCUCAUCUUCUGGGAUAUCCGGCCGAGUUCACCAACAGCAGCGCCUGGGCGUACCUGAACACAUCUCUGCUGUACUGGGAAGUCUUUCGACGGUGGCCGUAUCUCCGACGAGCAAAUGGCGCGGCGGCCAUAGAUGAUGCUCUGAAUGAGUCGGUGCUCAGGCGGCCGGGCAAGCAUGCUACCGUCUGCCUCGAUGGCUACCUGAGCAAGGACUUCGGCCACAACGACGACGAGGAGUCGUGCCACCGGAGGGCAGCCGUGCAGCAUCUUGCGCUAUUUGUGCCGUGGGAGUCCUUUCUGUGCGAAGAAACAGGUGAGAUCAAUAGCAUCUGGGAGCGGGCGCGAGAGGCGCUGGCCCCGAGAAUAUCAUGUCUCGUCGACAACGUGCAGCUGCUUCGACGAUCAGCCGAAGACGCAAAGCGCGACGCCAAGCAAUGGGCGGCCUCAUCCGGCGAUGGCGAUUCCACGGUCGCCCACGUCGAGGAGGGCGAGACAGGCGAGGCGGGCGCAGAAUUUGCAGCGACAUAUCGGUCCAACAACAUCGGAGACGCAACGCGCCUGAUCGACGUCGUCCGAGGCGCAGUGGGCACGAAUCAGGUGACGGCCAAGUCGCCGGAGCUCAUGGCAAUGAUGCGGCAGCUCUGUCGAUUCCAGCAAUCGGCGCUCUGCUCAACGGCCGAGCUCGAGGCCAUCGCGAUUCCCGAACAAGGGUUGAGGUGCAUAAGCAUGCCAGGGCGGGUAUUUUCCGGGGCCGCACUACCGCCGCAGGAUCAGGUCAAGGCUAUCAAGUCGCAGCAGAUAACGAUCGCCGAGCUGCGUUGCGGAGGAGAUGACCGGCUUCGGGAGGACGACGUCGAAAUGACGACAGCCGACUCCGACGAGACGGCUAGCGACGCAGAAGCGGGAAUGCGCGUCCAGUUUGGCCCAUCGACCUCCUUCUUCGCGGCGGGCAAGGAGUUGUCAACACGGCUAACGCUGAACAAGAGGCAGUCGAUCGCUUUCCUAAUAAUAUGCCGCCAGCUCGAUUUGAUGCGACAAACGAAUAGGGCGAUGCCGGCCAGCUCUGCCAGGACUGCCGCGGCGCAGACCAACGGCAUCACGAUCCACUCCGCCUGCGGGUUCACUAAAGACCAAGGGGCGGACGGCGCGAACACAGCCAAGGACCUUGACGGGGUGCGGCUGACAAAACGGGCGGAGCGGUUCAUCCACGGCCAGUCUCGGAUGGACUGGCAGGAGAAGGACGUGCUUGUCAUCGACGAGAUUUCGGGGAUCCCCAUCGUCCUCUUCUGCGGAGACUUUCAGCAGUUCCGGCCGGUCCAAGAGAGGUCGAUCGUCCUGCCGAGCGCGGCCAUCUCGUGGGACGUAGACAACUCGUUCAAGGCCGAGCAGCGGCACCAGCACGACAAAGCGCACGCGCUGUGGAAGAGAUUCACGACGGUCGUCAUGUUGAACGAGCAAAUGCGCGCCGCCGGGGAUCCGGAAUUGCAGGGGCUGCUGAAGCGGAUCCGGCAGGGUGUGCAGGACCGCACGGAUCUGGACCUCCUCAACUCAAGGUGCUACCGCGAGGGCAGGCGGAUCCCUUGGGAGACUGGCAUCACCGUGGUGACGCCGCUGAACAGGAAUCGGUGGAACCUAAACAUGGAGGCAAGCUUGGCGUUCCGGGUCCAGCAGCGGUCGACGAUGCGCAUCUUCAUCUCCGAGCACAAGUGGAAGGAGGGCCUGCCGACCGAGGAAGAAGCGAUCAUGAUACUCAAUCAAGGCGACGAUAGCGCGAUCCCCGUGCCGGCCGUCUUCAUGUUCGUGGCCGGGAUGCCGGUCGUCGUGAACCACAACACCCAUCAGGGGCUGAAGCUGGUGAACGGCGCCGGCUACUCGGCGGUGGAGGUCAUUGUCGACAAGGCGUCCCCAGGGCAUCGAAUCUCGUCCGACAUGACGAUCCACUUCGGGCCGCCGGCGGGAUAUUACUGGAAUCGGCGACGACAAAGGACCUCCACUUCGUCGGGAUGCCGCCGGGCACGAUCUUGUUAA